AUGGCCCGCUCAACCCUCGCGCUCCUCGCCGUGGCAGGCCUCGCAUCGGCAGGCAGCAUCCUGGCCCCGCGCCAGGAUAACGAGACGAAGGCUGCGGUUGAAAUCACGGCGCUGAAUAAGAACGUCUCGGCGACGACGGGGUCGGGCGCUGUUAGUGCCGCGGGAACGCUGGUGCCGUUUGGCGGAAUUGGGGUUGGUUGUGGGAUUAAUUGGGCUGAGGGGCAGUCUUUUGGGGGUGGUCUGCAAUCCGGCUCUGAAGCCUUUGGUCUCGGCGGUGGCUUCACAAUCACCAAGGACACGAUGAACAUUGGUCUGGGAAUCGGCAUCAACCCGAUCAACUUCAACUCCAGUGUCAGCUACGAGGCGUCGACGAACGGCACCGUGAGCUUGGUGUUCACUUCGACCUCGGCGAUUAAGUGCGAGGAGACGACUGUUGAUGGGGUUAAGGGCGUCAAGUGUACGUCUACCUGA